AUGAUUAAUCUCUUCUAAAUGCUUCAACAAAAUAGCCCAUUUUUUUAGGAAUUAUAGAUAUAUGACGAUGGAAAAAGAAUUUUAGAUAAGUCCCUCAGAGAUAAAGAAGGGAUGGAGUACUACUUGAUAUCUAAGAAAUUCAUAAAAUAAUGGAAAUAUUAUGUAGAUUAUGAUGAAGAAAUGGAAGAAAUAUAAUUAGACCCUCGAUAGAAACCUGAUAAAAUCAAUUCUGAUUUAAUAAACAAUGAGAAAUUGUUUAGGUACUUCCCUGAGAAUCAUGUUUAUAAUUCUAGCAUUCGAUAUUUGGAAAAUGAAUGGGAUUACGAAUUUGUUUUGAAAAAAGUGUAUGAAUAUUUUAAUGAAAUUUAUCAAUCAAUCGAACCACAAAUCAGAGUGGGAUUUUAUAACGAAAGUCUUAAAAGAAAGCAGAUAUUCCCUAACUUAGCAAGAUUUACUCUGAUUUAUUAGUCUCCUAUAGACAAUAAACUAUAUACAGCAAAGGCUUAAGUAGAUUAUAACUCAGAGAUAAAGGCUUGGACAAAUUUAUUGAGAGAUACAUUUUAGGAGUAAUUCAAACCAAAGAAGAUAAAUAAUGUCCGAGUGUGGUGUCCACGACAUAAGACUUUUAAAGCAGACUUGUUGAUCUAAUAAAUGGAGAAGAUUAAACAAGUAGAUGGAGAUAUCUUGAAUGAAAAUUUGAUAAUAUUUCAGAUGUAAAGUUAAAGGGAUAAUUGUAUAAUCAUCGAUCUUGAAUUGAAUGAUUGGCAAUUCAAAAAAUUCGAAUAAACAAUUGAAUAUGAUAAUGCCCUUUUGUUGGAAAAAGCAUUGUAUGGUUGUGGUAAAAUAGUGUGUGAAUUUCCCUAAUGCAAAUUGAAUAAUGGAUAUUCAGAUUUAGGAUUUGCAAAGGAAGACAUUUAAGGAAUUUGCUAAGUUUUGAUUGAAAAUGAAGAAGUAAAAUGGGAAUUAAUGUGUUCAAAAUAAAAAAACAUUACUGACAACUUACUUCCGUUUUCGGUGUAAAUAAAAACAGAUCCUAUCUAAUACUUAUUGAAGAUUUCGUAAUCUCUAGAGUUAUUUGGAAUAUCCUUUGUAGAAAAUUACAAUAAGAAUUAAGGCAUAUAUCAGAUAAACCCAAAAAAUGCAGAAAUAAAUUCUUUAUUAGUUCUGCAAAUAGCUUAAGGUUUAAAUUAGUAGAAAGAUAAUUUAAUGCAAAUAAUUAAAAAUUUAUUCUAAAGAAAAGUAGAAGAUAUUGAACCACUUACAAAUUUAUAUUAACUGAGAGCUCUUUAUUUGAUCCUCUAAUUUAGAAAUUGUCUUAGUAAGAUUUUAGACGAAAAGCCUUUUAUAAUAUUAACAGUUAUAAGAAGAUUGAGUCAACAGUAAGCAAAUUAAUUAUCUAAAUGGCUGACUAAACUUGAUAAAACUGAACUUCAACAGUUUUAAUCGAUUACAAAAAAGGCAAUUGAACAAUAAAUCAAUAUCUAAAAAAAUGCCCCUAUUAGGCCCCUUUUAGAUAUUGACGACAUUUAAAGAUUAAAAGGACUCUUUGAUUUAUACAGCGUCAUCUACAAGUCGAAUAUCAAGAACCCUAGAAUCCCAGCUUCUGAAUUUAUUAUCAAUUCCAUACAACAGUUUUAUAAAGUCGACGCAGACAGACAGGAAUUCACAUAAUUCUAAAUUUUCAAUGCAAAAGUUUGGAGGGGUUACUCUUUUACUUUCUGCCAAUAUCCUUGGGCUAUGCCAAUCGAAUUUAAAUCUAGACUUCUCUCUAUCGAAUGCAAAGUGAAGUAGUAUGAUACCAGAAGGAGAGCAUAUGGUAUUUUCCCUUAAUUUGUAUCCUUAACUAUAGAAAGAGAUAAUAUUAUCGAGUCCGCUAUCAAAUAGUUAUAAUAAACUUAGGUUUCGCUUAAGAACCCUCUAAAGGUUCAGUUUGUAAAUGAACAAGGAGUUGAUGAGGGAGGACCAAAAAGAGAAUUUUUCAGAUUGAUUAUGGAGAAGUUGGUCACUCCAGAUUAUGGUAUGUUCAUUCCAAAAAACAAUGACACUGUAUUUUGGUUCAAUCCUCAAUCUUUUGAAAUGCCAAUCUAUUAUUCUUUGAUAGGGAAGCUCUUAGGAUUAUCUCUUUAUAACUCUGUAUUGUUGGAUGUUCGAUUUCCAACAGUUUUAUUUAAGAAAUUGCAAAGAGAGAAGUUAAAGGAAGAAGACCUAAAGGAAUUAGACAUGGAGACUUAUACAGGUUUCCAAUUUCUGAGAGAAUAGACUGAUCCAAAGGUAGUCGAAAGUCUCGGUCUUACCUUUAAUGGCACAUACAAGGUUUGGGGAGAAAACUAUUUUGAGGAUCUGAAGCCUAAUGGAUUCUAAAUUAAUGUUACUAUUGAGAAUAGAGAAGAAUAUAUAUAAUUGUAUAUAGAUUGGUAUUUGAACAAAUUAGUUUAGAAAUAAUUUGACCUGUUGAAAGAUGGGUUUAAAACAGUUGUUGAUGGGGAUGGUAUAAAAUUGUUUUCAGGAGAGGAAUUGCAGUAAUUGAUUAUAGGUUUGCCAACCUUUGAUAUGAAGGAUUUAGAGGCAUCAACCAAAUAUGAUGGAUAUGAAAGUGAUUCAGAAUAUAUUAGAUAUUUUUGGAAUUGCAUCCAUAAAUUGAAUGUUGAAAUGCAGAAAAGAUUUUUAUUCUUCUGCACAGGUUCAGAUAGGAUCCCUGUUGGAGGACUCAAAUCUAUCAAGUUUGUUAUUUAAAAACAUGGACAAGAUACUGAACAAUUGCCAUCAGCUCAUACUUGUUUUAAUGUACUAUUGUUGCCAUUUUACAAAAAUAAGGAAACUUUAAAAGAAAAGUUGAAAAUCUCUCUAGAUAAUGCGGAAGGAUUCGGUUUGAUGUGA